AUGUCAUUCGAAAAACUUCUGAUGAGCCUGCCGGGACACACCGAAUGCGCGUGCUUGCCGCUCUGCGUCGACUGCCAAUCACGGUACUGUUAUUCGGAAAAAAUACGUGAAAUUUGCUAAAUUUACAUCGAAAUGAACAUUUUCAGAGUGGAUGAGUGCGUCAGCGGACGGACCGCCAAAAACGACGAUAUGAAGGCGAAUUUCGGCAAAAAAGAGGGCGAAUACUCGCGAUUGGUGAGCAAAUCGAGCAACAAACUGCUAAAUUCGCUGUGGGAAAAGGUGAGAGACAUUUGUAUCGCAAGACAUUCAAUUUUCCAUCCGGGCGACUAAAAGAUUCACAGACCCUGAAAGUUAUCUCUCUCUCUCGCACUUUGCAAGCCGGACACUCAUCUGGUUUUUUCAGGUGCAAGCCGGACACCCGCCUGGCGAAUGUCCGGCUUGCACCUCACGGAGCCUCAGAACCAGGAACACGGAGCACUUUUGACUCAGGUUUAUUGGGCGCAAGGAUGUCCGAUCAAAAACCGGGCGAGUGUCUAGCCACCCAAAAACAGACGUGCCCCCUCUGCCGUCCCACCAUUUUAUGGCUUUCAGAAGAAAAUUCCGGAAGAAGGAUGGAGCGAGCACACACUCGACCUGUUCCUCUCGUGGCUCUCCUCUCAUGACACCAACAAUCGUGUUGAUAUGGUGAGCGUGUAUUUGAAACAGCAUCCCAUAUUCCGUUCGGUUCCCUUUUCGCAGAUUCCGGUUGGGGCUGGUGAACGAGAAGGACGAGUGCUGACUCCGCUCGUGCAACGCCUUCAUUCCAAGUAUGACAGACUACACAAGUAAUUAUAGAAAUCUUCAUGUUUUAGCUUGACGCAUGGCAUCGGAAGAAGCGGAAACCUUCUGGAAAUCCAACCGAAAGCCCUCGGAUCCUCGAUGCUCGCGUGUCUCUCCAACGAAUUCGCCAAACACGCCCUUCACCUCCUCGGCCUGCACGAAGUGAAAGCCUGUGUCGUGGUGCCCCUUUGCACCGGAAUGUCCCUUUCCCUCUGCAUGACCUCCUGGAGGCGUCGCCGUCCGAAUGCCCGAUAUGUCGUGUGGCUACGAAUUGAUCAGAAAUCAUCGCUCAAAAGCAUCUAUCACGCCGGCUUCGAGCCCAUUAUUGUGGAGCCGCAGCGAGACCACGACGCGCUCAUCACUGACGUCGAGACGGUCAAUCGGAUUGUAGAGCAGAGGGCCGACGAGCUUCUGUGCGUGAUGACGACGACCUCCUGCUUCGCGCCCCGAUCUCCGGACAACAUCGAAGCUAUCUCGGCGAUCUGCGCCGCCCACGACGUCCCUCACCUGGUCAACAACGCCUACGGACUGCAGAGCGAGGAGACGGUCCGGAAGAUUGCGGCGGCGCACGAGUGCGGAAGAGUGGACGCCCUCGUGCAGUCGCUCGACAAAAACUUCCAGGUGCCCGUCGGAGGAGCUCUGAUCGCCGCUUUCAAGCAGAGCCACGUGCAGGCGAUCGCCCAGGCGUACCCGGGAAGAGCGUCUUCCGUGCCCUCCCGAGACCUCGUGCUCACUCUUCUCUUCCAGGGACAAGCCUCGUUUCUGGAGCCGUUUCAAAAACAGAAACAGUACGUUUAUAUGCAUGGGCUGUACGUUAAAAUUUUUUUAUUAAGGAUGUUCCUGAAAAUGCGCCGAAAACUAAACUCGUUUGCGGAGAACAUUGGCGAGUGCGUUUAUGCCGUUCCGGAGAACGAGAUCAGUUUGGCGAUGACUCUUUCCACCAUCCCGCCCACCAAACAAACCCUCUUUGGAUCUGUCCUCUUUGCCAGAGGAAUCACCGGAGCCAGGUACGGGUCAUGUCCGACCCGCUCUCGAACUGUUCCUUCAGAGUCGUCACUUCAACCCCAUCAAAAACGUCAAUCGAAGGAUGCGAAUUCGUGAACUUUGGCUCGCACACGGCGGAUCAACACGGCGGCUACCUGAACAUUGCGUGUGCGAUCGGGAUGACAGAGCACGAGCUGGAGGAGCUGUUCACUCGGCUCGCCUCCAGCUACGCAAAGUUCGUCCGACAGUUGGCCAGGGGAGAGAGUUCGUCGGGACGGCGGCUUCCGAUGAACGAAUCGUUCGAUAUGGAGAACGAUUGA